AAUUCCCUUGAUGGCAACAAAACACAAACAGUUAAAGAAAAAAUGGAUGCCUCCGUAAAUGGAGAUCCUGUUAAUGUCUGUGUUCAAAAUAAUAUAAAUUCUAUUGAAAAAGAUACAUUAAAUUCUAUUUCACCCUCAAAUGACAGCGAAAGCUCUGACGAAUUCUUAGAGACAUGGGGUUUUAAUACUGAUGAAUUGUAUUCAUUAGCUACUAAAUUUCUAAAAGAAAAAGAAGGCAAGGCCUUUCCAUUGUCUUACAAAGAUAAGUUAUCUCUAGUUGCCUAUACCCAACAAGUUUUGCAUGGAAAGUUUAUUGAGGAGAAAUAUCCAGCUGUUGGUUAUUUAGAUGUAAUUGGAAGAGAUCGAAAACUAGCAUGGCAGUCUUUAGGUGAUAUGUCAAAAAAAGAUGGUAAAGCCCAUUAUAUAAAACUUUUGAAUGAAGUGUGCCAUCUCUUCCGUCCUUUUGUUCUAGCACAUAAAUGUGAUCUUGAAGAAAAGGAAAGAAAAAGGAUUGAAGAAGAAGAAAAAAGAAGAUUAGAAGCUGAGGAGGAAGAACGAUUAAGAUUAGAAGAGGAAGAAGAAGAAAGACUUGAAGAAGAGAGGUUACGAGAAGAAAAAGAAAGGCAAAAGCAAAACAAUCAAAAACGAGCUAUCCAAGAAGCUUUAAAUAGGCAAACAUUUCAACAAUUCAAAGCAUAUGCUGAGAAACAAUUCCCUGGUGAUCCAGAACAACAAGCUGUUUUAGUGAGACAACUGCAAGAGCAGCACUACCAACAAUACAUGCAGCAAGUACUUCAAGAACAACUUUCCCCACCUGUAUUAAGUCACAAGAGUGAGGUAAAAAUGACACAGGUGCCACAAGACAAUGGACUGCAGCCAACAAGAGAAAGUUCACCAGAACCUUCAGAGGAUGAAAUAGCAGAUCCUCUACCGGUUGCUGCGGCUCAUAUGUGGACUAGAAAAGACAUAACACAGUUCAAAGAAGCCAUUCGUAAAGAAGGUGGUGAUGGUAUCAUUAAAGUUGGCCACGGUGAGACAGUUACUGUUAGAGUUCCUACCCACGAUGAUGGUUCAUGCCUAUUUUGGGAAUUUGCAACUGACAGCUUUGAUUUAGGAUUUGGUGUUUAUUUUGAAUGGACCAGGAGUCCAGAUGCCCAAGUUACGGUUCAUAUAAGUGAGAGUGAAGAUGAAGAGGAUGAUGAUGAUGAGCUAGAGCAAGUUCGAAGUGAUAUAGAAAAAGGUGUGACUUUACAAGACAAACCCCCGCUUAGUGUGAUAAUACCAGUGUAUCGAAGGGACUGCCAUGAAGAAGUAUAUGCUGGAAGCCAUAACUAUCCAGGUCAAGGUGUCUAUCUUUUAAAAUUUGAUAAUUCGUAUUCUCUAUGGAGAUCAAAAACCUUAUAUUAUAGAGUUUACUAUACCCGAUGAAACAUACUUGCCUAAUUGAUGUUUAGUUUCAUCAUCAGAGCAUCUCACUUUUACUUGUUGCUGAAUGGUGAUUGAAGCAUUUCUUUGUUGCACUGUAAGAUAUUUUAUCUUUAUAAAAAGCUUUAUAUCAAAUAAGUUUGCAUAGUUUGGAAAUAAUAGACUUAUUAAUCAUGAAAUAUUUCUGUGUGUUUAAUAUUUUUUAAGCUUUAAACAAAAUAACGUAAUUUAUGGAUGAAUUACCUAAAUAGAUCAGAUAUUUUUAAAAUACUACUGAUUUGUGUUAUAAAAGCUUACUUAGAAUAUUUAAAACUAAGUCUCGAUUUAUUGUAAUUCUCAAAUAUUUCAAAUUGUUUUAUUCAUUUUAAGUUUAUGAAAAAUUUGUUUCUUUUCAGAUAAACUAAUUACUUUUUAAAUACUCUAUACUAAAUAUUAAUAUGUAAGCCUUAAAUAAUUUAGAGAUUUUAAAUGAAUAGAAAAUUUGUAAUUUAUGUCUAUUCUUUUUUCCCCCUCUAAUAUCAUAGAACUAAGAAUAUUCAAGACAAAAUAUAUUUUUUUAUUUUUGUGAACCUUAUAUAUAUAAUUCCUUUUCAGCAAAACAAAAUAUUUAUUUUUUGUUUAAAAUACCUUAAGUGCAAAAUCAAUCUGAACAAAAAAGCCUACUUAGCAUUAAUAUUAUUCAUCAUUUUAUAGCCUAAAUAUUUCAAAUUUGUGUAGAUUUGUAACAGUGUUUCUUGAGUAUAAUGUUUACUACUUUCUACUAAUGUUAUACUAUGCCACUUGGUAAAAAAAUAAAAAUAUUUUAAACAUAGGUAUUCAGUACUUAUUUUUUAUAAAAGGAUGCUUAAUUUAAAUGUACAAAGUCUUUAAAAAAUUCAAUUUUUUUAAAGAUGUUAUAACUAAACUAAUAAUUAUUUAUUUACUAUAGUUACCUUAAAUUCCAGUCCAAGAUUUUAUUUUUUGUAGUUUUAAUACUCCUGAAGAAUUUAAAAAUGCAUACGCUACAGUUUGCUUACUUUUAUUUACUCUCUUGUUCUUUUUUUUCCCUCCAAUUUCUGUUGAUACAACAAUGAAUAUUUAGCUAAAAUGAAAUAUAUAAUCUAAUAAGUUUGAGACAAGCAGUUGUUUGACUUUUUGUUCAAAUAUAUUUUUGGUAUUACUUUCUUUUUAUUAAAAAUUAAGUUCUACAUGCUUCUAAGUGCAAUCUGAAAAAUCUUAAUGGUAUUUUUAUUGGUUACACCAAAGAAUGAAUAUUAAUAUUCAUUUUUGUAUUUUUAUUAUAGUAAAUUCUUUAUUUCAGAGUAAAAUUGUAAAUCCUAACAUUUUAGUUCAUAGUCAUAGUGUGCGAUAUUUUGCAAUAGUGAUUGUAUAAUUUUGUAUAUAUGUCUACUUUAAAUCCAAGUAAAUCAUUUUUUAUAACAAAAAAAUUAUACAUACAGAAUUGUUUCAGCUAUAACCUUGUUUUGUUUGCGUUGAUUUAUUUGGCAUAUAAUUAUACCUUACAUUUGUGUUAAAACAUAUUUUAGUUUACAUUUUGUUAAGUUUGUUAUUAGUUUAAUGCAUUAAUGUGUUUACAUGUAUUAUAAUUCUUAAAAAAAGGUGUGGCAUUAAUGUUAUUUUUCCCCUUUGGAAGCAUAAAAUAUGUUGUGGACAGUAUUUGAACUACUAUUUCUUUAUAUGACAUUUGUGAUGGAAAAAAAAUGCAACAACUUUUUCAGCAAAAUCUAAUAUUACAUCUUGUACAUGUUAUCAUUGUUUAAAUUUUUUUUUGUAUUUAUUAAAAGAUGUCAAAUAUUGAUGUGCUAUUUGUAAUUAUUAAAUAUUGUUCCGAGAAUUUUUUUUUUUUAAAUUUAAUAAAUAAAAUCGAAUUGGCACUACAAAUGCAAAAAUAAUAAAUAUUUAUUUUAAGUCUAUAUACCUUAUGUAUUACUAUCUGUGUGAAAACAUAUGCCCUUAAUAAAUUUGUACCUAAUAUUUGCCUGUUAUAAAAAACAACUCCAAUACAUAUGUAAAAAAUGAAGGAAUAUUAUCUUUGGUUUAAAAAAAAAUGCACAAGUAAGGAAUUUUUGUUUCAUGUAAUUUUGUGUCAUCUUUGUCUGCUGUGCAGAUGAAGAACAAUUGGUUAAGCUGAUUCUUUUUAAAAAGAAUAAAAGUAUCAUUUAUA